AUGGUUACCAUUGUUUCCCCAGCGCCAUGCCUGAGAUGUAAGAUAGUAGUGAACUGCACCAACCCCAACACCAUAUCCCUUCUGGCCGCCCUGGAGAAUGUCAUGAAGUUGUACUCCAUACGACCUGUUAUGAACCUCUCAACCCCCACCAACAUCAGCAUGUACUUCACUCUCUACGGCAUCCUGGGUGUGCACACUGGUAAAGUGCGAGACGCCAACCCUGUCAGAGUGGUUAGCUCCUGUAACCUGGACAUCUACACCUUCCCCUUUGACGUCCAGAACUGCACCUUCACCUUCAACUCCUACAUCCACCGCGUGUCGGAUAUAAGGAUUAUUUUAGGGAAGAAGGUGGAGGACAUCCUGAAACGCUCCAUUAGCGUGUUGUCCACCGAAGGGGAGUGGGAGCUGAUGGACAUCAAAUCCAGGAGGUUCAAUUUAUCAGCACUCGAUCAGGGAGAAAGCAACCCCUAUGAUGAGCUCUGCUUCUACAUUGUCCUGAGGCGCAGAGCAACCCUCUACGUGGUGAACCUCCUGAUACCCAGCUGCUUCCUCAUCACUGUGGAUCUCUUCAGCUUCCUGCUGCCUCCCCAGAACGCGGACCGCUCCUCCUUCAAGAUGAGCCUUAUUUUUGGUUACUCCGUCUUCCUGCUCAUCGUGAAUGACCUCCUGCCAGUCACAGGAAGCACCAUACCAUUGAUAAAUGUGUUCUUCGCCAUCUGCUUGGCUCUGAUGGUGGCCAGCCUGCUGGAGACUAUUCUCAUCACCAACCUCUUGGUCGGCUCCAGUAACUUCCACCCAGUGCCUGGCUGGGUCCGAGUGUUCGUCCUGCGCUUCAUGGGCACCCUCGUCUGGCUGCCUCAGAAAUCCAGAGAGGACAAGAUCAUCCUCAAUCCAGUUGCAAGAGAAACAGUCUGCCCUCUAGUGACGGUGGAGAGACAGGUUCAAACAGGAGAACCAGGUAAGAUGUGGGCAGAGGCAGACGAUCCAGCCCUGAUGGAGCUGAGGAAUCUGGGCAAUGAGCUCCAGUCCAUCCGCCUCCAGGUGGCCCAGCAUGUGGACGGGAACCAGAUCUCCCAGGAUUGGAUGCAGGUGGGCUACAUCCUCGACCGGCUGCUGUUUGGCAUCUACUGCAUCUUCAUCACCUUCAGCUUCAUCGUCAUCCUCAGCGUUUGGAGUAAAGUAGCUCUGUACCACAAGAGUUCACCUGCUCUACUGACCACCUCAUUUGCCCCAAGGAGAACUGUGUUCAAACUUGAAAACAGUCUGGAGCUGUAA